UGCAUCAACAACGGAGACUGCUACUGCGAUAACUACUUUUUCAGAAAUGGAAACUAGUACACCAUUAUUAACUUCUCAAGCAACAGAAACUCCUACAUCAAUAAGUCAGCCUACAACGACGAGUAUUUCUACUACAACAGCUACUUUCAUAAUAACGGAGAACUCGACAACAACAGAAAAUACUACAAUAGUAACUGCUGCAUCAACAACGGAGACUGCUACUACAAUAGCUACGUUUUCAGAAAUGGAAACUAGUACACCAUUAUUAACCUCUCAAGCGACAGAAACUCCUACAUCGAUAACUCAGCCUACAACGGCGAGUCUUUCUACUACAACAACUACUUUCAUAAUAACGGAGCUCUCGACAACAACAGAAAAUACUACAAUAGUAACUGCUGCAUCAACAACGGAGACUGCUACUACAAUAGCUACGUUUUCAGAAAUGGAAACUAGUACACCAUUAUUAACCUCUCAAGCGACAGAAACUCCUACAUCAAUAACGGGAUCUACAACAACGAGUAUUUCUACUAUAACAACUACUUUUGUAAUAAUGGAUACCUCUACAACAACAGAAAAUACUACAACAGCAGCUGUUCCACCAACAAUGGAGACUUCUACUAGGACAAUUGCUCUUACAGCAAUGGAAACUAAUACAACAUUGGAAAGCUCUAUAACAACAGAAACUACUGCAUCAAUAUCUUUGUCUACAACAGCGGCUACUGCUACAACAACCACUUCGACUACAACGGCUACUUUAAUAAUAACUACUAAUUCUACAACAAUGGAGGCUGCUAUAUCGAUAGCUACUUCGACGACAACAACUACUACUACAGCUACCAAUAAUUCGACAACAACAGAGACUUCUAAUAUCACGAGUACUUUAAUAAUAACAAAUAGCUCUAUGACAACAGAAGCUACUACAACGGUAAGUGCUUCUACAGCUGUAACUACUUUUACAACAAUGCCUGUUUCUACAACAACAACCACUCCUACUAUAAUCACUGUUGCUGUAACAACAAUGAGUACUACUAGUGCAAUUCCUGUCACUUGUAAUGGUUCAGUUGAAAUACAGUUACCUAAUGGUACUUGUGUGCCGAAAACUAAUGCUCAGGUAUGA